CGGAUAAAGAUAUUACUCCCGCCGGUGUCAGCGGCCAGGCCAGGGCGGGUGCCCGGACCCUGCGGACCCCUGCCCCCCGCGCCACGAGCCGGCUUCCCGCUCUCUGCGCGCUGGGACGUCGCUGGCCCCCGCCCCUGCGCCGAAGCUGGUGAAAUAGGUAGGGAGUUGAUAGGUCAAUAAACUUAAUCCUGUUCCUUAACGAGAUGGGCCGGGCAGUAAAAAUACAAAGACCUCGUGAAAUUUACAGAGGUCCCGACUGGCGCUUUCCCCGGGAACAUAAAUUACGGGGAGCGGGAGCUGGCAGGGGUCAAGGGCGGCGGAGAGGGCUUGCUCCUCACCCUCAGGCCCAGCCAGGUGGCAGCCUCCUCCCUGUCUCCACCCAGGGCCGGGGGUGGGGGAGAGGGGGCCGGAGAGGACUCCAGGGGGUGCAGGGCCUCUCCCCACCCCCUCCUGGGCAGACCUGGACUUUGAGCCCUGCAGUCUCUGGGUGGUUCAUUAACCCGGGGUGAUCCUCCUGGCCCUGAAGCCUUGUCCGGAGCCCAAGGCCACCCCGAAGGCCCUCAGGUCCCACUUGGGUUUGGAAUUGGCCCCAGGUGACCCUUCUUACAGUUGAGCCCAUUAGGGAGCAAGGGGCUUGAGGUCUCCUGAGGGCCCAGAUCCUGCGCAGGCCUGGGCUGGGGGCAGGGUUGGGCGGCCCAGGGAGAGCAGGCACCCCGCAGGGUGCUUUACAAGUGAAUGGAAGAGCUGUGAACCCGGACAUCUUUUUCUUUUUUUCUUUUUUCUUUUCUUUUUAUUUUGCGGGGAGCAGCUGCCUGGACUUCCAGUGCUCUGGACUGCCAGCCGUUCGCCCCGGGGCUUGGGGUGCCCUCCUGGAACCUCAGUUUCCUCACCUGUCCAGGAGGACUGAUAAUGGCAGGGUUCUUUGGAGGAUUAGGCAGAUAAUCCCGAGGCUCUGGGGCCUGAGCUGGGCCAGCAGGAGCAGGUGGUCUUUGGCAGUGGGGACACUGUGGAGCUGAGCUGCCACCCACCCGGAGGUGGCUCUGUGGGCCCCACAGUUUGGGUCAAGGAUGGCGAGGGGCUGGUGUCCUCCGACCGGAUCCUGGUGGGCCCCCAGCGGCUGCAGGUGCUGAAUGCCUCCCACGAGGAUUCUGGGGCCUACAGCUGCCGGCAGCAGCUUCUGCAGCGCGUGCUGUGCCGCUUCAGUGUGCGCAUGACAGAUGCCCCCUCUUCAGGAGAUGAUGAAGACGGGGAAGACAUGGCUGAAGACACAGCAGGGGCCCCAUACUGGACUCGGCCUGAGCGGAUGGACAAGAAGCUGCUAGCCGUGCCGGCCGCCAACACUGUGCGCUUCCGCUGCGCGGCUGCCGGCAACCCCAUGCCCUCCAUCUCCUGGCUGAAGAAUGGCAAGGAAUUCCGUGGGGAGCAUCGCAUUGGGGGCAUCAAGCUGCGGCACCAGCAGUGGAGCCUGGUCAUGGAGAGCGUGGUGCCUUCGGACCGUGGCAACUACACGUGUGUGGUGGAGAACAAGUUCGGCAGCAUCCAGCAGACAUACACGCUGGAUGUGCUGGAGCGCUCUCCGCACCGGCCCAUCCUGCAGGCGGGGCUGCCGGCCAACCAGACAGCAGUGCUGGGAAGCGAUGUGGAAUUCCACUGCAAGGUGUACAGCGAUGCACAGCCGCAUAUCCAGUGGCUGAAGCACGUGGAGGUGAACGGCAGCAAGGUGGGCCCUGACGGCACACCCUACGUCACUGUGCUCAAGUCCUGGAUCAGUGAGAGUGUGGAGGCAGACGCGCGCCUCCGCCUGGCCAAUGUGUCGGAGCGGGACGGGGGCGAGUACCUCUGUCGAGCCACCAAUUUCAUAGGCGUGGCCGAGAAGGCCUUUUGGCUGCGUGUUCACGGGCCCCGAGCAGCAGAGGAGGAGCUGGCAGAGGCGGACACGGCUGGCAGUGUGUAUGCGGGCAUCCUCAGCUACGGGGUGGUGGGCUUCUUCCUCAUCAUCCUGGUGGUGGCAGCUGUGACACUCUGCCGCCUACGCAGCCCCCCCAAGAAGGGCCUGGGCUCUCCCACCGUGCACAAAGUCUCCCGUUUCCCGCUCAAGCGACAGGUAACAGUGUCCUUGGAGUCCAACUCGUCCAUGAACUCCAACACGCCACUGGUCCGCAUCGCCCGGCUGUCCUCGGGAGAGGGCCCCGUGCUGGCCAACGUGUCCGAGCUCGAGCUGCCUGCCGACCCCAAGUGGGAGCUGUCCCGGUCCCGGCUGACCCUGGGCAAGCCUCUCGGGGAGGGCUGCUUCGGCCAGGUGGUCAUGGCGGAGGCCAUUGGCAUCGACAAGGACCGUGCCGCCAAGCCCGUCACUGUGGCCGUGAAGAUGCUGAAAGAUGAUGCCACUGACAAGGACCUUUCGGACCUUGUGUCAGAGAUGGAGAUGAUGAAGAUGAUCGGCAAGCACAAGAACAUCAUCAACCUGCUGGGGGCCUGCACGCAGGGUGGGCCCCUGUAUGUGCUGGUGGAGUACGCGGCCAAGGGAAACCUGCGGGAGUACCUGCGGGCUCGGCGGCCCCCGGGCCUGGACUACUCCUUCAACACCUGCAAGCUGCCCGAGGAGCAGCUCACCUUCAAGGACCUGGUGUCCUGCGCCUACCAGGUGGCCCGGGGCAUGGAGUACCUGGCCUCCCAGAAGUGCAUCCACAGGGACCUGGCCGCCCGCAACGUGCUGGUGACUGAGGACAACGUGAUGAAGAUAGCGGACUUUGGCCUGGCCCGCGAUGUUCACAAUCUUGACUACUAUAAGAAGACCACCAAUGGCCGGCUGCCAGUGAAGUGGAUGGCACCUGAAGCCCUGUUUGACCGAGUCUAUACCCACCAGAGUGACGUCUGGUCCUUUGGGGUCCUGCUCUGGGAGAUCUUCACACUGGGGGGCUCGCCGUACCCCGGCAUCCCCGUGGAGGAGCUUUUUAAGCUGCUGAAGGAGGGCCACCGCAUGGACAAGCCAGCCAACUGCACGCAGGACUUGUACAUGAUCAUGAGGGAGUGCUGGCACGCUGUGCCCUCGCAGAGGCCCACCUUCAAGCAGCUGGUGGAGGACUUGGACCGCAUCCUCACUGUGACAUCCACCGAUGAGUACCUGGACCUGUCAGUGCCCUUUGAGCAGUACUCGCCCGGCGGCCAGGACACACCCAGCUCCAGCUCCUCGGGGGACGACUCUGUGUUCACGCACGACCUACUGCCCCCGGCCCCGCCCGGUGGGGGCCCUCGGACGUGAAAAGCAGCGGCCCUGCAGGCCAAGCCCCCAUCAAUGUGAGAGUGAGCCCCAGCCUGCCCUGCGGCCCUGUGCCCAAGCCUGGUACGGAUGGGCACAGACAGAUGCUGCGUAUCUGUGUGUGUGUGUGAGAGAGAGGUCUCCAGGCCCGGGCACAAGGUCCCCGGGACGCCUGCGCUGCUGUACAAGGCCCUCCUGAGUGACCGGCACCAGGAGGCCAAGGCCUUGCUCUGGGGAUGCCAGACUUAGAAUGUAAAGGGGCCGCUGCCUCCCUCAUCCCCACUACCACCCCCAGGGAGCAUCUCAGUGGGCUGCGCCCCCUCCAGUCCCCCAAGCUGAGCCUGCAGGGCACCUUGCACCUGGGGCUGAGCAGCAGCUCCCCCACUUCCAGGCCUCCCCACUUCCCACCCUGCCCCUCAGACUGAAAUUACGGGUACCUGAAGGAGGGAGCCUUUACCUUCUAUCUGAAAGGGUUAUUCAAGAAUAGUUGUAUAUUUCUAUAAAUAGAUGCUCUGUAUAUGGUAUAUAUACAUAUAUAUAAGAAUAUCUAUGUGGGAGAGGUGGUGGCAGGGCCUGGGCGGGUGGAGGAGCAGAAGGGCCUUUCUGGCACCGCAGAUUUGUUUUAAAAAUUGUACUUGGGAGUUCGAGGCCAGUCUGGGCUACAUAGUGAGUUCAGGGCCAGCCUGAACUACAAAGUGAGACCCUGUCUCCAAAGAAAACAUUGUACCUGGACCUGUAUAUUUGUAAAGCUAUUUAUCGACCCCCAAAUCCCUGGCCUCUCUACAUAGGUAGUGUUUAGCCGGUCACACGGCAGAGAUUUAAUUUGUAACUUAUUAAUAGCCGAGAAGGUUUAUGCUGCGUUUCGAGGUGGUGAGAAUGUAUGUCCAGCCGCAAGGCCGCCUCACAGGGCGUGUUGCUGGAGGUGGGUCCAGCGAGUGUUUUUCCUUUGGCCUUUUCAGGCAAAUUAGAUUUCUACAGGAUCAUUCUUUAGAUUUAUUUUUUUGGACUUCAGAGCAAGCUGGUAUUUUCAUACAAAUUCUUCUAAUUGUCGCGUAUUCCAGGCAGGAGCCAGUGUCUAAGGAGGGCCGGCUCUGCAUGCAGAUCCAGAUGUUACUAGAUGUUACAAGUUUAUAUAUAUCUAUAUAUAUAAUUUAUUGAGUUUUUACAAGACGUAUUUGUUGUAGACUUAACACUUCUUACACAAUACUUUUAGACUUUUAUAGCCUGAACUGCUACCUUUCAAAGCUUGGGAGAGAGAGCCGUGAAUUCAGUUUUGUUCCCUUUUGUACUGUUCUUGGGCCCGAGCCUGGGUGGCUGACCCUGCCCGUCCGUCAGCUGCUGGCCAGCCAGCAAGGCCAGGACGGCCAUUCAGGUCUUUCCUCAGGGUCCAGCCUUGGCCAGAAGUGUCGGCCCAUACCAGCAGAUGACUUUGUUGACCCAGAUGUCCUUUCCAAGAAUAAAGAGAUGACUGGUUCCCA